AUGAGACCAACAUUUAUCGUUCGUUAUCCGACCGUGGCCCAAUUAGUUCAGGACUUUGAGGAGGCUUACCUCCAAGUAAUACAGGAUGCUACUGAUGAAGACUUCGCCAUCGAAGACGCGAUACGUGACGAGUUUGACAAAAUGCGUUUCGCGGUAAUAGGGCGGUACGAAAGCUUCGUUCCCGCGCGGGGGACCGACGCGUCCUUGCGGGGUGCGCCGCCAGCGCAUCACUCAGCGAUCAAAUUGCCGAAGAUUGCUCUCCCUCAAUUCACGGGUGAUUUUGCCCUAUGGCCGUCUUUCAUUGCCCUAUUCGACUCGGCGAUCCACGAAAACGAUGGCGUCUCCGCCAUCGAAAAAUUUCAGUACCUGUUGGCCUCGUUAUCGGGGGAGGCUUUCGGCGUCGUGAAAAACCUACCCCUGACCGCGGAGAAUUACGCGAUCGCGUAUGAUGCGCUUCGAGAGCGCUAUCAAAACAAACGCAAAUUAGCAACGCAGUACUGGCGUUCGUUUGUACACGCCAAGUCCUUAGUCACGGAUUCCGCCGAAUCCCUCCGCGUGUUAUUGGACGUAUUCACCGAGAACACGCGUGCCUUGAGUAUGCUGGGUUAUUUUGUGGAGGCGUGGGAUUUUAUGUUGCUUAAUCAUUUAUUAGAAAAGCUCACUCCUACGCUACGGGAGAAGUUCGAAGCAACCCACGUGUCGGUGGAGCCGCCCCGGUACGAUCAAUUGACGAAGUUUCUAACGGGAUACUGCACGGUUCUCGCGUCGGUGUCGGACUCUUCUGCAGGGUCAAACAAAUCGAAGUCUCAGCCGUCAAAGAAGUCAACUACUUCGCUUGUUGCGCAAACCGCGGCCUGUCCCAAAUGCAAGGCGCAGCACUACUUGGGAAAAUGUCCCGGCUUCCUGCAGCUUUCGGUCAGAGAAAGGCACAGUUUUGUUCGUGAGCAGGGACUCUGUUUGAAUUGCCUUCGUACGGGCCACAACCUGAAGGCUUGCCAUACCUCAUGGACAUGUAGGACAUGUCAUGCGAAGCAUCACUCCCUCCUGCAUUUCGAGCGGGCUAACCCCACGUCUCUCGCGACCACUCCGGUGGUCACUCCGGUCGCUAACAGCCCCGCGGCGCCGGUAGAUACCGGAGAUAAACCAAUCGUCUCGAUGGCUAGCGUUUCGAAUCGCGUGAUUUUGUUGUCGACCGUUCCUGCGGAGGCGCUCGACGUGCAUAGCAACGCCUUCCCGGUCCGUAUGCUGCUCGAUAGCGCGAGUCAGGCGAAUUUCAUUACCGAGAGUUGCCUUCGAAGGGGCGGCUUCUCUCGGACAAGGCAUCGCACGACGGUGUUAGGCGUUAAUAAAACUAAGGCCACUACGAGGGGCUUUACCUCAUUCGUUAUCCGGGUGCCAAAUAGAUUCGACACUCGAUUCCCGGUCGAAGCCACGGUGCUUCCUCGCAUCACCUCGCCGUUGCCCAAUAACUGUGUCGCCUCCAAGUCGUGGGAUCACCUGCGGGGGCUGUCGCUCGCAGAUCCGAAAUAUUAUUUGCCCGUCUCUAUCGACGUUCUACUUGGGGCAGAAUUAUUCGUGUCCGUACUACGCGACAAUCGGCGCACCGGGAACCAUGGAGAGCCGGACGCCUUCAAGACGGCAUUCGGCUGGGUGUUGAAGGGCGCGAUUGAUGCCGCGGUGGGGCAGUUCUGA